AGACCGGAAGUGUUACUGUCACCUUUUCAGUAUUUCUGUCAGGUCCAGUGUUCAGAGGAGUAGUAUUUCUGAUAACACUUGUUAGUGCUUCGUAGUAGGUUUGUGCAUUUUAACACUAACUCGGUCCAAACGAUGGCUCAUUACGAAGAAGUGGCUGUGCGCGGAUAUGAUGAAUUCUGUCAGGCUGUGUCUGAGAGAAAGGGAAAGGACAUUUUUGCGUAUUUCUCUGGUAAUAAAGACGCCCAAGAAAAGAGCUGGUGCCCGGACUGUGUGAAAGCGGAGCCGAUUGUAAGAGGACAGAUGAGUCAUCUUCCUGAGGGAUCUGUCUUCAUCUACUGUCAAGUGGGAGAAAGGGCCUAUUGGAAGGAUUCAAAUAAUGACUUCAAGAAGACCCUGAAGUUGAGUGGAGUUCCCACUCUGCUGCGAUACGGCACGCCUCAGAAGUUGGUGGAGGAAGAAUGCUUCAAAACCGAUCUGGUGAGGAUGAUGUUCACUGAGGACUGAGGGAUCCAAAGCUGUUCGCAUCAGUCAUUUCAUCAUUUCUUCAAUGUUAAACAGUAAAUUCACCACCAUUCAAUCCCAGCAUUAUUGACAACUGUGCACUUGGUACAUCUCCUUCUGGAAUGUGAUGCAAAUCAGCAACUUUGUAAGGUCACAACCAAAAUAAUGAGCAUCCAACGUAAGACAUUGCUAUUCAAUUAAUUCAUUACUUGAACGUCUGCAAAGAGAAACAUAAAGAACGGAUGUAACUCUCGUACUUAUUCUUCUUGAGCUGCUUUAUGUGCAAUCACUUAAUUAUUGUUUGUAAUUUGAGUUUGAUAUGUGUCUUUAAAUGUAAUGUUAAUCUAAAUAAUAGUUGAUGACAUUUUUUUUAUUCUUAGGAUUUUAUUCAUUGUGAACAUUUUUAUAUGAUUUUUUUUUUUGUGUGUGUUGCCUUGCAGUAAGACUGAAAUAAAGUAGUACUUGAUGUUGAAA